GAGGACUUGAAGGAGCUUAUUCGAACGGAAAUUUGGCCAUGGAUCCGGAAUUGCGAGUCUCAACAUGCACAAUGCGCAGCGUUUGCGGCGGCCGCCGUCCCUACAAGGCUCAUUGAUGUUGGCCUGGAUGGUGAUGAAAUGGUAAAGAUGAUCGAAACAGAUCAGAAAGCUCUCGAGUACAUCGCAUUGAGUUACUGCUGGGGAAAGGGAACGGGGAACAGCAAAGCAAGAACGACGUCAAAGAACAUACAAUCUCGCCUGAAUGGAAUCCUGAUCAAAGAUCUCCCAGCCACCAUUCAAGAUGCUAUUACCAUCACUCGACUGAUGGGAGUCAGGUACAUUUGGAUCGAUGCCAUCUGCAUUGUUCAAGCAGAUGGACCAAAUGACCCGGGGGACUGGGCGACUGAAGCGGGAAGGAUGGGCGACUACUACUCUGGCUCCCUAUGUUGCAUUGCUGCUUCUUGUGCUAAAGGCAGCACCGAAGGCUUCCUGAGAGCGAGACCACUCGGGCGAUUCAAGAUCAAACCAAUUCCAAGUGACCAACCAAAGGAUAUGGAAAAGGAACUCGUUAGGCACCACAUUCUCUCACUAAGCAAAAGGGAAGCUCUCGGCGAAGCAUGGUGUGAACUGGUCCGCGACUACUCGAAUAUGAAGCUGUCCUUUGCAUCAGAUAGGAUGGUGGCCAUCUCGGGAGUUGCAACUUUGCUUUCCCGAAAGCAUGACGACGACUACUUUUACGGCGCAUUCAGAUCAAGCUUGGCAGAGUGUCUACUCUGGUGGUCAAGUCAAGACCCAAACACUGAGUAUCCGGGUUGGUCUUGGCUUUCAGUC